AUGUCUUUCUUUGGAAUGGGUCGCCCCAAGCUCUCCUCGGAGGAGAAGAUCGCCAUGGCCGAGCAGGAGAUGCGUCUGCUGGCUGACAUGCACAACCGCUUGACCAAGAUUUGCCAGUCCAAGUGCCUUCCCGACUACCGCGAGGCCGACCUGAACAAGGGCGAGUCCGUUUGCCUCGAUCGCUGCGCCGCCAAGUUCUUCGAGGCGCACAUGAAGGCGUCCGAAGUGAUGCAGAACGAGAGCCAGAAGAGAGGCGGUGGCAUGGGAGGCGGCAUGUUCUAA